AGUCCAGCCCCACCUCUCGGACAAGAUGGCGGCGCCCGCAGCGAGCGAGGCGGUAUGGAAUCGCCUGGAGGUGCCGUGGCCCGCGUGCAGCGCGACGGUCGCUGUAGCGGCGCAGCACUCGUCAGGUGAGCGGGGGGGGGGGAGCCUACUUAUGCUCAGAGAAUGUGGUUCUCAGUAGAGCUUAGCUCGCAGGCAAGUGUACCCCUUUUGGGUUUCAAUAAGUGGAUGUUAAACACGUGCCUCGCUCACCUCUUUUUAAAAAGCAUAGUUUUGGCUGAAUUUUGCUUCUUGGGGGUCUUUUGUUUUAAUCAUUCCAGUGGGAGGAAGAUCAAAUUAGUUCACAUCCAUUAGUUCACAUCCUUGGGUUUUGUUUUGUUUUUGGUAGUCACAGGGUCUUUGCAUGCUCCAACUGCACACAUGGAGUAAAGAUUAAGGUGCAGUUGUUAAACAUGACACAGCAUUUGAUACUUUCCCCAAAGUUCGGUUUUGCGAAUCUGUUAUAGCCCACAAUGUUUCAUUCAAAUGUUCAAAGACAUGUUCUGCCAAAGUUGCUGACAGCACAUGCAACCGAUAGUUAGAUUCAAAAUCAUUCCAAUCCUCCUAAUAUUGACCAUUUGUUGGCAUUCUUCUCUAUAUCCCAAGAGUUUGCCACACCAACCCCAGUUCCAAUUCCCCCCAGUAUUGUAUCCAUGAGAUCUUUUUUACUUCUUUUCCAAAUUUCACUUUCCCCUUUUGAAAGUCCUAUAGCAUACAGGAUAUCAUUUGUCUCUCCCGGUUUUAAAAGAACAAAGUCGCCACGGUUUUGUGACACGGGCCUGUGCUUAACUGUAGUCAGUGCUUUCCUGUUGAGUUGAAUAGGCUCGUAGAAAUUAAUAAUUGAAUUGUAGAGUUGGAAGGGACCACAAGGGCCAUCUAGUCCAACCCCAUGCAAUGCAGGAAUCUUUUGACCAGCAUGGUGCUCGAACUCAGGACCCUAAGAGUCUCAUGCUUUAUGGACUGAGCUAUCAACCUAAGUUGAUCCUAAUAGAUCAGGAUUGGAAGGUAAAUUUACAGUCCUAUUCCACUUCCUCAGUAGAAAAUUCUGCUAUACUCACUAGGACCUUCUUUUUGAGUAAACAUGCAUAGGAUUAAGCUAAAUGUUGCCUCUCUCUCCUCCUUUUAGUCUGGUAUGUUGUUAAAAGUUAUGUUAUUAUACAAGUUAUGCAUGGAUAUGUGGGGAGGAGAGUUCUGUCUUUUGUUCUACUGUAAUUUGAGGAAACAUGAUACAGAAACUUAAAUGGUCAAAGUGAGUUGAUAGCACAAGUAAUCUGGAUAACGGUGGUGUUGUGUAAUGGUUAGAGUGCUGUAGGACCUGGGAGACCAGGGUACAAAUGGCCACUCGGGUAUAAAGCUCACUGGGUGACCUUGGGCCUGUCACUCUCUCUUAGGUUAACCUACUUCACAGGGUUGUUGUGAGGGUAGAAGUGUGUAUUCCACACUGAGCUGCUUAGAUAUCAGUGCAAUAAUAACUUCUACAACUGUGGAACUACUUUUUGAAUAAACUCCAGAAACUGCAUGGUUGCCUUCAUUAUCCCAAGAAAGAACCUCUGGACACUAGUUUUUCAGUGAGGUUUUGCAAUUGGAGUGCAAGCAGUUGAAACAACUCCUUCCUGCUAUGCUGUCUUCACAAGGCUCAUGAUAGGAGGCCCAUUGGUUUUGUGGGCCUUGAGUGUUGCUGUCACUUUCAGAGACUGGGAUGAGGGAUUAUGGUGGUCUGUGCAGAAUAAUAAUAAUAAUUUUAUUAUUUAUACCAUUAAAUUAUUAUUUGUAGCAUCUUGCAGUGAUGUACAACAGAGUUGCUAACUGGACUUUAAGUUCUGUAAAUUGAUUCGAGUCAAAAUAGUGCUUGAAACUGGUGUGUUAAUUUCCAUGCUCAAAUCAGCAAAGGGGAAAAUAUUACUGACUUCCAUAUACAUAUACACUUGCUAGAGUUAAGUUAGCAAGCUCUUGGGAGUUCUGAACGGUUUAGGACUUUGAAGUGCACAGUUUCAUAUAUACAUGUUUGUUUGCCUAUUCCAGUGAGAAGCCUUUCCGCUGUUCUGAAGGGGUGUCAUGCUGUGGACAUCCUUCUGAAAAACAAAGCCAUGGUUGCAGAACAGAGCCUGCUGCAUUCAAUCAUGUAUAAUUUUCACUAUCAGAUGAGUCGUCAUAGGUCAUUUCGGUCCCUCAAGCAGGUAAGGUUGAGAGUCGUCUGGAAAUAUAUUUAGACUUGGGAUGCUUAAAGAAUUCUUUGAAAUGCAGCCAUCUAUAGAAAUCCACUGCUUUCAUUUUGUAUGUGGUGGUCUGAUGGCUGUUUUGUAUUUUUUUGUUUUGUGUGUGUGUGUGUGUGUGUGUGUGUGUCCCCAAAUAAUUACUAUAAAAAGGGGUAACAGCUGCUGCACUCAUUGAAAAUGGGGCUGUAAAUGCCUCCUGGACCAAUAAAGUUUUAUCAAUGUGCCAUUAUUCGCAAGGAGACUGUACAGGCAGUUCCAUGUUCCCAGUUCCUUUACUGUACCUCCUAAAACGCCUUUUCCAUAGUUUAAUUCAAGGAGAAUACACAUGCUAUGGCAGAUUGUUCUUCGCAUAAUUCUACAUGCUUACUACCAUGAAUCAUGUCAAAAUUUCUUCUUUCCCUCUUUCCCUUUCAGGUAGAACAGUGCUUGAAGCGUUUAAACAGAAUGAAUCUGGAGAAGCCAAUUCAAUACCUUAUUCUUUUGGGCCCCACGUAAGUGCCAUAAGCCAGAACAUCUCAAUUCUCUAGUUUAGAUUCUGUAGUUUAGAUUUACUUGGCUAUUCAGGAAAGUACAUCAGCAUAUUUUAAACCUGCUGGAAACUAUGGGAUUCAAACCAGCUGAAAUUCAAACACUUAUUGGGCAACAGGGUGUCUUGUUGGAUCAAUCUAUGCUAGUGGAAAACAGUAGAAGCUUUGAAACUAGUCUGAACUUUUCAAUAUAGAAUGAACAGAUCUGUGUUAUUCAAAAACUUAUAUUAAUUGAAGUCAGCCCAACAGAAGGUACCAUGCCUUGCCUUGUCCUUUUUAUUUUUUUCCUAUGUAACCAACAGCACAGUCCUAACCAAAAGAAGUAAGUCCUAGUUCCAAAGUAAGUCCUCUGUGAGGCCUAGGACAUAACCAGCAUUAAAUAUUGUGGGGUGCCAACACUUAACCACACCAUCUUCUUCUUGUCUCUUUAUUUUCAAUAGAAAACAGAAACCAGAAAAUCCGGAAGAGGCCUUGGUUCCCAGUCAACCUGUGAUAGAAGUGAUAUUAGUAAAGAUUUUGGGUGCCUGCAAGCUGUUGCUGCGUCUGCUUGAAUGUUGUUGCACAGCUUUUCUGUAUCCUUCUGAAACAGUUUGGAAUCUAAUUUGAAGGUUCUUGUAAUUCUCAUUUAGUGGUGCAGAAUGUCACAGGAUAUACCACAUAUUUGUUAGGGGAAACAGAUUUGAUGACAUUUCAUUUGCUUCUAUUAAUAAGUCAUUUUGUUAUGUAUUUUGUGGUGAAGCAGUCGUUUGUGAUUCAUCUUCAGCAUGUUGGUAGAGAAUGAGACUCUAAAUCUCAGGGUUGUGGGUUUGAGACCCACGGUGGGCAAAACAUUUCUGCAUUGCAGAGGGUUGGACUAGAUCAGGCAUAGGAAAACUUGGCCCUCCAGAUGUUUUGAGACUACAAUUCCCAUUAUCCCUGACCCCUGGUCCUGUUAGCUAGGGCUGAUGGGAGUUGUAGUCCCAAAACAUCUGGAGGGCCGAGUUUGCCUAUGCCUGGACUAGAUGGCCCUCAUGCUCCCUUACGAUUCUACAGUUCUAUGAUUGAUUUUAUUGAUUUUUUUAAUUGAGUAUAUGCCUCCAAAGCAGCAUAUAAUCCUCAGUUAAAAAUAAUAAUCUUAAGGCUCACUACUCACUGAGUUCCACUGUGUGUUCAUGCACAAAGUGUUCAAUAAGUUCAGUCCUAAGUAUAUUUGAUUGAAAGAAACAUGCAGGAAUAUGUGUGCAUAAUUGAAAGUGUGUGUGUAAUUUGGGUUUCUAGCCUCUUUCGUUAGCAGUCCAACCUUAGUUGUUAUCCAACCUUAAUCAAUUUGCUCAUCAGUUUGUCCCUUAAGCACCUGUGUUUGCAAGAGUACAUACUGUUGAAUACUGUGGUUUUGGGGUUGCUGAGCCGAUUAUGGUAUGUAUACCUGUAAAACAUUUUAAUUCUUUCCCUUCUGCUUGUUCACUUCAAUGUCUUUAGCAGAGCAUGGUCCCUGCUAACACCAGCAGUGAACAUCCUUCCCAUUACUUCCCUAUUGCAUAUGGAAGGACCUAGAACAGAUGUGCAAUUUCUGUAGCACUAACAACAGUUCAGGAAUGAUUGCUAACAUGUGUGUCUGGGAAAUCCAACCGGAAGACCCAAUUGUUUAUCAAGGAGUUAGUGAUUCUAACAUGGUUACCCUUCCUGCCUCUGUUCCUUCCCCCUCCCUGCCAGCUGUUAAGUUAUUGAAGGUGUGAGAACCUUCUCUGGUGUCCUAAUCAGUUGGGAGGAAGUUAAGCCCCCCACACAGCUGCCUUAAUCAGUCAGGGAGGUUAGUGCUGGGAACCUUCUUUAAUGUUGGAAAUUGUUAUUGGAAAGUGAGGCAUUGGGAGGAGCUGGCUAUAAAAUCAGAUGGUUUGGGCAAAGUGAUUUAGAAGCUCGUGCACAGAUUGAUCGGCCACAGGGCCGUGCAAUCUAAGGUUACCUGGGGGAGUCACUUCACCACUUCUUGAGGGCUUCCAAGUGCCAGAUAGAAGUGCAUGCCUGGUAUGUAUAUAUUGUUUGCUGUUUAGGAACCAGAUCUCCUCCUCCUCACUCACUUGUGUUUUGUAUUGCUUCUGAAUCUCUUUUAAAAGAACCACCUUGCAUUUGGCAAGACAGUGUGUUCCCGUUAACUGACCUGACCAGCUUUCUUCUAAACAAGUAACAUUUUCCAGGGCAAAGAUAAUCCGAUAAUACUAGGGUUGUGUGUGGGGUUGAAAUUGGAGAAGCAGCAUUUUACUUGUAAACCAUUGAUAAAGCAAGCAAUGAAGUAGCUGUGACCGCAAUCAUUUCCCUGGUUCCUCUGUCUGUCCACCUCUGCCUUUGGUUAGGUUAAGGUAGAUUCCUCCUUGCAGGGCACAGGGCUGGUGGCAAGUUCACUUACACUGAAACAAAGCAGAAGCACUGCCCUUAGGUUUACACAUUGAAAGAGAAACUAAGGAAGGAGGUAAAACUAAUGGUAGACGAGGGAGUACAGUUUGAUAAAGAACUAACAGGCAAUGUAAGUGGUAUUUUAAUUGAAGCAGGGGCAGGUUAAUGGUCUUUCCAUGGUGGCAGAGGUGCAGCUAACUGGGGUCAUUUAGUCCUCAGGCUGCUGUCCAUUUCCUUGAAGGGAAUUUACACAAAUAAAUUCCAAAUGCGGAAAGCAGGUGCUGUGUAACAGAUAUAAGUGUUUUCAUCUCUUCUUCUUUGCCAUAGGAUCAUUUAUAGAGGUAUGUUAAAAAGCCUCGCUUCUCUAUAUAUGAGGCUGUUUGAAUUGCUUCAGGAAGUUUCAAAGACUCAUCCGAGGCCUUACAUUAAAGGAUUUGCCUUUCCUUCCGAAAUAUACGAAUUUCUGGGGACCACAAAUUCAGAGAUUGAAAUGAAAAUGCCCAACAAAACAUUUGUAUUGAAAAAGGCUGGACCUGGAUGGAUGACUAGACUUUUCCCAGGAAGCAAGGCUGUAUCUCAGUCUCACGCUUCGAGUACAGCUGUGCCUACAAAAGUCAGAAAGAAGGUUUCUGCUCAGAAGACUAUUGAUAUUGGGAAGCCAAUUCUGGUAAAAAGAACUAACCAAGGUAAGAGACAAUGGUCUCCUUAUUUAUUUAUAUUUAUUUCACAACAUUUAAUACACUGCUUGCUUUUAAUAAAACUUCCAUGCGGUUGACAAAAAAGAGAAAAAACAAUAUCGGUAGACAAUUAAAAACAAAUAUUUAACUUUUUCUUUUUUUAAUGUUUAAAAUAAUAUGCUAAAACAAGAUUAAAACACGACAGCUUCUACAUGUCUGGUUAGGAUUGCCUAAAGAAAAUCAUUUUUAAUCAGGUGCCAAAAGAAGUAAAGUGAAGGUGUCUGGUGACAAUAGACAGGGAUUUCCUAAGAGUGUGUUGCUACACUAUAAGGAUGGAAUGAGUAUUAUGUGGGCAUCUUGGCCAGGUACUGCUGGGCAACAAGGUGGCAAUGAGGAAGAGAUGAAGGUUGGGUAGCCAAGUUGGUCUCAUUGGGGAUUGGCCACCCUCAUGUCUGUAUUAUAGCACGAUAUGCAACUUAUUGUGCUCUAAAACUUGCAUCAAGUUGCAUGGAAGGUGUCUUCUUAAUUUGUUGUUACAACUUAUUGCCCACCCUUCAUCUUAAUUAAGAUUAAAACACACAAUAUUACACAAUAUUGAAAACUGUUUAAAACAAUUUAAAAUUACAGAAAUAAGGGGAGUCCUUAAAAAUAUGCAUCUCAAGUGUCAAAGGUAGCAGGGUAAAGAGGUGCAUCUUCAGCAUAAUCCUAAAGCUGUAUAAUGAAAGCACCAGACACACCUCUGGGAAGAAAGUUCCACAAAUUAAGUGCUGCCACAGCAAAUUCCCUUUCCUGGGCCGCCCUCUCCCCUGAGCUUCUCAGGGUGGUGGAAAAACCAAGAGGGCACCUUCUGCUGAUCUUAGCAGCCAAGCAGGUCUGUAAGGAAGGAGGUGAUUUUUCAGGUAUUCAGCUCCUAAGUCAUUUACUGCUUUAAACAGUAACAUGAGCACCUUGAAUUGGGCUGGAAAUGAACUGGCAACCAGUCCGUUGUGCUGCUUGUAUGUAAUGGGGAGAGAUGAAAUUGCCUCAUGCUCCAAGAUGCUCUGGAAAUAGCUGACAACUGCAUUGUGGAAGAACUCUGAUAUUCCCUUGGCUUAACUUCAGUAAAAUGCUUAGAAUAUACAUUAAGAUCCACUGAUUGAAGAAUAAUUUUGUUACAAAUAACUCUGCUUAGGAUCAUAGCCAAGCUGUUAUGACAUGGCAGCUGUGCCCUUUCUUCCAGAUCUUGGGAAGGAGUUUGCGUUUGAUGUCAAGAGCUUAUGCAAGUUCCCUAACCCUGCACCACGGGAGGUUUGUUUUUUUUCCAUUCUGUGUUUCUCUUGAAUAUGUGCUCCUUUUUUCCUCUUCUGGGCAGAAAAUAUUACUCUGUGACUUUCUGCCAUGGCAUUAAUUUGCUUCAAGAGGUGCACCUUUCAAUAUAGGUCCUUGUCAAAAUGUAGCUUUUACAUGGUGAACAUGCAGAUCUGGAUUGUACAGUGCUGUAAAUAUAUACUGUACAGAGCAAAAGUGUAUGCAAGGUAAUUGUUUGUUUUGGAAUUUGCCAUGAAUAUGUAUAAUUCCAUUUGUCCACCUCUUUUGCAGAUGGGAGGAACUAACAUAGUGAUGCUAUGCAAGCUUAAUGAAAGCCAAUUCCACUGAAAGCUUUAGAACUUCAGCGGCUAGAAUCUGAAUAAUUUCUCUGGGAGGGUCAUGGCUCAGUAGCUGACCAUAUCCUUGCAGUUGACCAGAAGUUCCAAGGUUUCUCACAGCCUCACUAUUAAUGAUAUUUUAGAUUUGAAUGAUCUCUGCCUGGAGCCUAGCUGAAUUGUUGCUCAUCAAAAUAGAAAGCACUGUACAGGGCCAUACCUAAUAUGUUUAAAACAACAGCUUUGAACAGCAGAUGCGCCAAGAAACAAUUUUUGUUAUGUAUUGCAAGGAGCCACUGUUCAAGAAACACAAUUAUAAAGGCCAUAUGAACUUCAAAGUAGCAAAACAUUGGGGGGGUGUAUCCUGGUCAGCAUGUAGGGCCAAAGAUAACCACUGACUUAAAAGAAUAUUUAACAUUUCUCCUUUACUAAUGUCCUUCCAUUUUAUUUCAGAAUACAAAAGUCACAGUGAAGUUUCCUGGGUCAAAAAAGAGAACUACAUUGGUUUCUUCUAAAUCACUGAGGUCCCAGCAUCUUAAAUCUUUUGUCUCCAAAUUUCAAGAAGCAUGCACCUUCAGAGAACUGUCUGACACACUCAGAACAACUGUUCUGUGGUGCAAAAGCAAUAAACUUGGGCCACAGGCUUUUUUCUUGGGAAUGAAACUUUUGAAAAGUAGGCGGUUACAGCAUGUGGAAACACAGGGUUGCAGGUUUGUAUAAAUGGCAGUGCUGGAUUUCUCUGAGGUAGCAAUUGCAGAAGACUAUUCUGUGCUUACUAUCUUCCUUCCCUGAUCUUUCAGCUGUUCCUUUCCUUCUCAGCUCAUAAGAAGGCUGCAAUAAAUGUGGGAAAUUAUAUAAGGUGCAGAUAACUGCAGGAUAGAUCACUGCCACAGCAGUUAUCUGUGAUUUGGCACUGUUAGAAGCAUAAUGCAAAGUGUGCUAUGUUGGUUUCCCCUAAACUGCUUGCAGUCUAUGCCUACCUAGAACUAUUAUUCUGUUCAUAGAUCUGUAUAUUAAAUAAGCUAAGACUGAUGGGUUUUUAUAAGAAUAUAACUUUACCUUGGGAUUGUGGCAGUGAAGGAAGGUAUAUUCCUGGUCUCCACCACUAGCCGUGAGACCAAGGUGGGGGGAAACUUUGACUCACAGAAGGAACAUCAUGCUUACUUUCCUCUUUACUUCCCAUUCUUUUUUUUUUCCUUUCUCCUUUUGUAUUGGACCGCGCCUGCCCACAGGCACACAAACCUACACUUUUUAAAGAAUUAUACACUUGUAAGUGCCUUACCUGUCCAACCUAUGGACAGUAAAUUUAUUACUUAAUAACAUUCAUAAUGUGGUAGUUACUCUUUCUCAGUCUGAUAUUUAAAAUAAAACUAAAUAGGCAGGUAGAAACAUAUUUUGGGGGCCAUGGUGCCAGUCCAGGCUGCAAUUUAUUUUAGAUUUUGAUAAUGGACAAAGCUGUUCCAGAUGAGCAGACUAGCUUGUGCAAAAGAUCCUUGGUUAUGCAAAAUAAUCUACUUGUGCUGUAAUGAAGAAAAUCCCUCUUAAUUGUCAGCUUACUUGGCAUUAAACUUUAGAGUGAUUACUUUUGAGUAGACACAGCAAGAAUUUCACUUGUUAAAGUUGCUAAAAUUUAUCUUUGCAUUCCAGCUUGCAACGGAAACUUGGCUGCAUUAAAGCUACUCUCUGUAAGUAUCUCACGCUUUCAAGCUGCAGAGUGAGACCCAGCCAAAGACUUAACGCGCAUUCCCAUCCACAAAGACAGAUGAAACGCUCAAGGAAAUCAAGAUGUGUUUCAAGCAGUGCACCAUCUUGCAUUGUUCCCAUACAAAGAGACACUUCUAUCCAUUUGAAGAGCAGUAGAUAUCUUCCUCAGUGCUCUAGCUCCUUGUCUCCAGUUUGGGAUGCUGACAACGGUGGUACUACCUACAGUGUUGAUAAGCAAUCACAUGGCCAUCCUUCUGACCUUGUGGGGCUUGGAAGAAAAACUUCCCAUAAACAGAAAGAAGCCACAGAGAAUGAAGAUGAUAUUGAUGACAUUUUUAAAGUAAUAGGCCUAUAGCAUUCUGUUCCAUUAAACUAAUUUAAACUGUUCACUGAGUCUGUGUUAAGAGAAGAUGGGUGUUACCUAAACAGAAUGCAUCAAAAACACUGCUUCCUGAUUUGAAGUUUUUUGCAAGCAUUAUCAUUACAUAUGGUUGACACUUUAAUUGCUGUUAAGUGGCAGACUAACAGCAAAACUCAGCUUUUGUUUAUAAGCAGCAGCAUGCAUUUAGAUGCUUUGCUACAUUUUGUACAUGGACUGCACUCUCAUUCCCCAGGGUGAAUGUCUAGUGAAAAUGCAACACCUUUAGGGGGAAAAUUGUAGGGUCCUACAAACCCAUCCACAAUGGUAGGACUAUGUUCACUUUGUAGCCAGAAUGCUGGCUGAUGGGUGGGAAGCAGAAUACCAGGACAAUAAGAAAUGCACAUGCAACCUGAGCAACAUUGCACUGCAACAUUUGCUUGUAUCAGCUGUUUCUCAGUCUUAGCACUCCUUAGAAUAUGCUGAGACAGAACAUCAACUACAUGCUAUUUAAACUCAAAGCAGGUAGAAGCAGACCAAUACUCAAAACUAUUUGGUAACUAAAAAUUGCUGUCAACUCAGUUUCUGCUCAGGUCGUUGUGUUUAGCUACUGCAGUGCAUAGAGUUAAUACUUUUUUUAAAAGCAAAAGUGAUGCUGGUGUUGGUGUGCCUGCUUAUGACUACCCCACAUGUGUCCAAAGGGGUUAAUUCAUGUUAACGUAGUCAAAAGCUGAGGCAGGCUUCAAAAAUUGUAUUGACCCUUUCAGAAAAGUACAGGAAUCAUCUUGGUUUCUCCCAUUACAAGAGAUGCAUGGGUGAAAGUGUUUAUUCAUAUUCAUUAAGAAUUCCAAAUCACUAGUAUUUACUGUGAAAUAACAUUAAUAGGAAGCAAUUCAUAAAUUGAAUCAGUUAUACAAUGUGUAUCUAUACAGUAACUAAGCAAAACAACAACCCUCAAAAAACAAAACAAUUAUUCCAGUUACAAAGUUCCCCCUGUGAAUUAACAUUUACAAAACAAAGUGUUGGUUUGUCUUCUAGUAGCGGCAAUAUCCAAACAUGUUAGCACCUGUUCUGGGCCAUCCUUCCUCAGCUGAAAAAAAAAAGUACAAAUACAGUGUUUCCUCCACUUACUCAGAGAAACAAACAACACUGCCUAUAAUAUAUGCCUCAACUGCCAAACUGCAAGUAGCUCUGAUCUCUCGACAUAUGUACAGUGGUGUGUUUUCCAAUUUUCACAGAACCUAAAAGCCACUGUAGAAUUGCCACUUAAGGUAUAUUUGGGAAGAGAAGGUACCCACCCACCCUCAAACUGCAGAGAUUUGUUCCUGUUAGUAAAGUACUACUGUAAUUGUCUACCGUGUCAUGGGAAAUGCAAGCAUUUCACUUUGUUUGGUGAAUCCUUAAGGACAACACAAGUCAGAAAAAUGAAACAUACCACCCAUCUGCAUCACAUGACGCCUUAAGAUCCAUAGUUUGCUUCAUCAAAUGCCUUUCUGGCCCGUUUCAGUUCUUCAUUCAUUGUUAACAAGUCUUUCACACGAGCAAACUUCCGUGGGUCUUUACGGAUCAGGAAGACAAUAUCUUCAACCUGUACUCGACCCUGCCGUCCAAUUGACAUUGCUUUGUGGGUCUAUUGGUAGGAAAGAAUUGAUCAGUCACAUACAUUCUAAGAGAGGUUCAGUACCUGUACCAUGGAUUUGACCAUGUGUUCUCUUGAAUGUUUGGAUUUCUUCCCUUGCAGCAACCUGUAUCAUGAAAUGAAUUGUUGUAAACAGCACUAAAACAC